AUGAACUAUGGAGUAUCCUCCACUAUAGUUGCUACUAUUGAUGAUCCAACAACAUUAGUAAAUGCAGUAGAUGGUGGAAGGUCUUAUGGUCAAGGAAGAGGUAGAGGAAGUGGGAAGAUUUGUACCUACUGUGGCAAAGUAGGUCAUAUGGUUGAAACUUGCUACAAGAAACAUGGUUUUCCUCCCAACUUAGGGCAUGACAACAAUUAUGCAGCAAAUUAUACAAAAGCUGAGUCAUACAAUAACUGCAUUGACAAUGGCCUUGAUGAAGAAGUUAUUCCAAACCUAAUCACUAACACUGUGAAUAAUAUGCUCACUCUGAUCCCCACCUUGGAUGAGAUCCAUAGUGAAAUUUUCUCAAUGAACAAAGAUAGGGCUCCUGGUCCAGAUGGAUUUGGUGCUUACUUUUACCAAACAUAUUGGGAAAUUAUCAGUCUGGAUGUAUCAAAUGCAGUUAAGGAAUUUUUCUCCUCAGGUGCCAACACACUUGCCCUAAUCCCCAACACUCCUAAUGUAGACACAACUGAUUAAUAUAGACCCAUAACUCUAUUCAAUUGUAAAUUAAAAUUCAUUGCAACGAUCUUUGCUGACAGGCUAGCUCAAAUAAGGCCAUCUAUUUUCUCCAAGUAGUAGAGAGGAUUCAUCAAAGAUAGAGAAAUUGAUGAUUGUAUUUGCAUGACUUCAGAGGCCAUAAACAUGCUUCAUAAUAAAUCUUUUGGAGGAAACUUUGCCUUAAAGAUUGACAUAAGAAAAGCCUUUGACACUUUGGACUGGAAUUUCUUGAUGAAAGCUUUAAAAGGCUUUGGUUUCAAUUCUAAAUGUUGGGGUUGGAUUGAUUCAAUUUUACAUUCAGCUAAAAUGUCAAUAUCCAUAAAUUGCAAAUAUGCAGGGUAUUUCUAUUGUAAAAGAGGAAUUAGAUAAGGAGAUCCACUAUCUCCAUUACUUUUCUUUAGUAGAAGCAUUAAUAUGUUAGUUGAAACUGGCAAGCUGGACUUAAUCAAAGGUACUCAUGGAUUUGAUGUGCAAUCUCACAUUCUAUAUCCUAAUGACAUUAUGAUCUUUUGCAAAGGGAAAAGCUCAAAUAUGGAGGCCUUUCUACAAUCAAUUUUUGGCUUCUUAGGCUUUACUAUUAGCUCUCUUUCUUUUUCCUAUCUGGGUGUCCCUAUCUUCAAAGGGAAGCCUAAGAUCUUUCACUUACAAUGAAUUGCCAACAAAGUUAUAACAAAGUUGUCAACUUGGAAGGCCUCACUUCUGUCCAUUGCAAAGAGAAUCCAACUGGUUAAGAGUGUUAUCCAAUGUAUGCUUAUAUAUAGCUUCAUAGUCUAUUCUUGGACAGUUAGCUUAAUUAAAGGCAUUGAGAAAUGGAUAAGAAACUUCAUUUGGAUUGGGGAUGUAAAUAACAGAAAGCCUUUGACUGUUGCUUGGCAUAAAGUUUGCACUCCAACUUUUGAGGGACUAGGAAUUAGAGAUCUUAGAAGUAUAAAUUAUGUGAAUCUCAAAUUGUCACAAGACCUUAUUCACUCCAAUCAUUAG